GCUGUCCUCCACCAUCAUUGCCAGCAGGCUCUGCUCCCACACACCAGUUUUCAGCAGUUACUGAACUCUUUGGGUCUGUAUUUUAGCAGCUCUUGCUGGCCACUGAGUGUCUGCAGUGAUUGCCAGGUGGGUUUCAGCUGCCUGCCAGCCUGAUCCCUGAUCUCUCUGGCUUCCUCCUCCCUUUCUGUCACACAGAACUUCCUUUGGCCAUUGUGAUGGCAGCUCCUCAGGCCUGUAAAAGUCUAUUGUAGUUCUGGUGUUGCCAAGGAGGAGCUGCAUGGCCAGCUCCUGGUCCUUCUCCUCAGGCCAUCCCCCCAGCAAUUCCUGGUCAGCAGCCCGAGGGAGGGACAUGGAAGGGGAUGUCACCCUGGAUGCCGACACAGCUCACCCCAGACUGGAGAUCUCUGAGGCGGGGAAGAGUGUAAAAGACACUGGGGCCCUGAGGGAUGUUCCCAGGAAUGCUCUGAGGUUUGACAGCCACCUGUUUGUGCUGGCAAAGGAAGGCUACACCUCGGGCAGGCACUACUGGGAAGUGGAUGUUGGCAGGAGGAAAAGCUGGACCUUGGGUGUUGCGCGGGAGUCUGUGACUCGCAAAGGGACCUUGACUCUGUCCCCUGAGAAUGGCUUCUGGGCCAUAGGGCUUGUAGAUGGGCGAGACUGCUGGGCCUUUGUGGAGCCAUGGUCCCCUUUGAGUGUGGGUGGGAGGCCACAAAAGAUUGGGCUCUUCCUGGACGUCUCAGCCAAGCAGCUGUCGGUUUACGAUGUCGGUAAGAAAAGAGCUCUGCACACUUUUACCCUUGCUGGGGGCAGCAGCCAGGCAGAGAAAUUUUUUCCUUUCUUCUCCACAGGUCUUACUUCUGGAACGCCUGAGGAUGAGCCUCUAAGCAUAGUGCAGCACACUGCUGAUGAUGACUAGUUCUGUGCAUUGUGCUGGAGGAAGGCCACUCCCUAAUGGUUUUGCUUCCUCUUCUAUUUUCUUUCUGUUAGAAAAAGCUUCUCCAGUAGCAUAGGAAAUAGGUUUUGAGACACAACUAGAAGUAGUUUCAGUUAAGCUGGGUAAUGGUAAUGCCUUGGGCUUAGAUAGCAUUGCAGCUGCAGAGAGACACAGGGAAGCAGUCUCUGGCUUGGAAGCUGUGAAACUGGCCACAAACCAAUGAGAAGAAACAACUGGCAAGAGAGGAUCAGGACUGCAAGGUGUUUGGAAAGCAUCCAAGACCAGGAAGUGAAAGGACUUUCUCUCUU